UCUGGAAAAUGGAAAUGGAAGGUGAGUGUGUGCGUGAAGUGUUUAUUAACGCAUAAGUUUAAACAAACAUAUUUGGUUUACAAAAAUAAAAGAUUUUGAAAAAAUAAUACAAUUUGAUGGUGUCUAAAAAUAAGGUGUUAUGGUGCAAAGCACAUGUUUUGGUGAUGUGAUUAGCAAGAAAAAUCGUUAAAACCGGUUAGAAGGACCGCUUAAUUAUGGCGGAGACUGACCGGCAAAUGAGGGCUGUUGCUGAGAGCCUUCAUGCUUCUAUUCAGUCUCAGAGGAGCUCUUCCUACUCUAUCAAUAGGGCGACAGACAUAAUCCUUAAUAACGAGGAUAUCAUUGCGGGUGCGAGGUACAAUGGAAGAAUGUCUAAUGUCAGACGAUUUUUUUGCCUCUUUGUUACGUUCGAUCUCCUCUUCACUUGUCUGCUCUGGCUCAUAUGUUCUAUGAUCGCUGGGGAGAAUGCCGGGUCAGCAUUCAUUGAUCAAGUGGUUCAUUAUCAAAUUGCAACAUCCCUAUUUGAUAUCGUGAUGGCUGCAAUUUGUAGGUUUACAAUUUUAUUACUUUUUUAUGCGUUAUUGUACAUAAAUCAUUGGAUUAUCAUAGCACUGUCAACGGCCUUAUCUUGUGCCUUUCUCAUAACCAAAGUUUUUCUUUUCGACUGGUCGAAAUCUAAUCAACCAGUUUUCCAAGUUCUACUUAUAGUAGCUUCUUUCGUGCUGGCAUGGGGGGAAGCAUGGUUCUUCGAUAUUAGAGUAAUUCCGCAAGAGUCGUUAGCUAGAGAUUGGAUUUUUGGACCCGGAGAUGAAAGAGCCCCACUUCUUCGGCCAGGAGCCCAAUCUUCACGUCAAUAUGGUGAAAACGUGGGUACUUUCUACACUCCUGUGGAGACUCCUGAUCGUUCUGAUGAUGAAGACGAAGAUUCCAGAAGAGAUCUAACAGAUUCAUUUCAUCCAAUGGCGGUGACGCUGACAGAUCAAAAGAAAGAAGAGUACAAAAACAAAGCGAAAGCAUUGUUAAAUCGUUCUUCUGAAUUACUAACGUCAGAAGAAUGGGUUGUAGACAAAACAACUCCUGAUGGCGAUGUUAUUUCUUACAUGCAAUUUCCAAAAACUGGCAAGAAGAUUUUGAGAAUAACGGGAACUGUUAACGUUUCUGCCAGAAUGCUCUCGGAUAAUUUGUUCGAGAACGUAGAAGCAACCUCAAACUGGAAUACACAGUUAACAGAAUGUAAAAAAAUUAACGAAAUAGACGAGAAUACGGAUAUUGUCUAUCAGGCAACCCCAUCCUUUGGCAAUGGAAUAGUAACGGCACGAGAUUUUGUAAUUCUACGACAUCGGGGCAAUUUUGGCCCGUAUUUCGUCAGUUGCGGAAUGUCGAUUCCAUUCGCAGAAUAUCCUUCUCGAAAGAAUUACAUCCGAGGAGACACUCUUCUGGGAUGCUUCGCAGCUGUGGAUCUUCCGGAAGUUGAAGGCGAUGGCUGUCGUUUCACGUGGAUCCUAAACACCGAUUUGAAGUUAUGGAUGCCACAAAAAAUUAUAGAUAACGUUUCAGUGACGGCUCUUGCUGAAUUUAUGGAACUUUUGAGAAAUCACGCUCGAAACUUGCGAUCAUGACCAAUCUCUAAAGGCCAAGUGAGCCUUCCGUGCAAAAGCGAUAUUCAAGACUCAUGUGAAAGUGACUUUAGGAAUAGCUCAAGAACUCUUGAACUGAUUCUUGUGUGAAAAUGGACACUGUAGAUCGAUUUUUAUUUGAGCGAAACACCAAACUCGAAGCUCGAAAAAUAAUAACGGUCACAAUCUAUGUUCAAUAGUCUACUAAAUGUCGAUAUUUCGUCGAUAGGGUUCCUGUAUAAAUGUUUUCUAUUUGUCUGUACUAUUCAGUAAUUAAAUACGGCACUAUCGAUAUUUAGCAGAUUCUUAGAGUAAAAUUAUAGUACCUAUAAUUUUCACCGUUUAGGUAAAGAAUUCCAAUUUUUUAUCAAACAUGUAAUGUAUCUUCGAUUUAGUGUGAAAGCUGAAGUGUUUUGACACAAAGCAAGUAAUGAAAAUAAUUAGGUUGCUGUGAAACUAUGAAAGUUUUUCGGAAAUGUAAUUAUGGAUGGGGAAAUUCUGGUGAAAAAUACUGAGCGCGAGCUCUAAACUGUACAAUGUAUAUUAUCAAUUUAUUAUAAAAUCAUGUUUAUUAUAGCUUUCUUUGUAUAGAAACUAUUUAUCUUCCAUUCUGGAAAGAAGAGCAUUCACAAAUUUUCUCGUAGUCUUUGAAAAUAAAAGGAACAAGCAGAGCCAACUUCUUCCUUGUAGAGGAAGACUUUUUGUGUAAAUUAAAAUAUAAGUUUAAACAAAUCUGCGUUUAUGUUUGCAUUUUCAUACUGGAAAAUUAUGACUUUUUAUGAAUAUUGUGAUGUUUUUGUUAUUACGCAAACAGAUAUUCGUGAAUGAGAGGUUGUGUGUUUAAUUAUGUGAUAACAGAAGUUUUAAGAGUUCUUUUUUUACAUGAGAAAUAAUCCUUGAUUGGAAACCAAACAAACCUAAAUUGUUUUCUAUAAUGAAAAUUUUUUUAAUAUUACCAAGUCUCAAAAGAUUUUCCGUGAACAUUAUUUUUCAUUGAUAGUUCUGGAUUGCCUUAUUCGGACUUAAUAUAGUCAAAUUCUUUACUCAUAUUAUGGAUAAUUUUAAAAGCUCGUUAAUAAUCGACCAGCGAACGUGAAAAAGGGAUUUUGAGUCAAGCCCAGUAGGACUUAUUUUUAGACAUUCCAUGCUGCGUCUGGACAGAGUGAAAGUUCAUAAGAUCUCGAUUACGCAGCUUCUGCCUAAAAUAAAAUCGCGUUCAUUUUCAUGUUCCACUACAGGCACUGUGUUAAUAAACA